AGGACGGGAUGGUCACAACGGGGUUCAAGGCGUGACCAGAGCCUCCUUCUACUCCCCUUAAACACCUUCCGCAGAGGCACACACUUUCUGGAGGAGUACUUAAGGCUCGCAUUUUCUGUCAGUGGACUUUAAUUCUCUUGAUACAGACCAUUUCCCCCCCCCGCCCGCAGGUCCGCCUUCCCUUUAAGCUCCACCACAGGAAGCUCCGCCCACUACGGGAAGCCGCUGGGUCUCUCGGCUUGCGGCCCUGCCACGGGUUCUUCCGCAAGCUCCAGACAUCAGAAUGAUAGCUCUUAUGAGGAAGUUCAUACACCAGGCUGUGAAAACUGGAAUGAAGUGUGGUGAUAGAUAUUUUAGUAUACAGAUCGUGCAAAAGGCAGCAUUAGCACAGUUUGGGGCCAUCACUGUUUCCAAAAAAUUGCCACUGCCAGCAUAUGCUAAAGCAUUUAGUACUGUUGAAAACACAGAAGAUGAAAUGGACAAGAAAAAACUAUCAAAACCAACUUUUGGUAAUGUUGGGAGAAAAAUUCAUCAUCGAAUUCUUCAAGUACUUGAUAGUAAUGGGAAUAGUUUGGGAACUAUGCACCGAGCUAACGUGAUUCGUCUAAUGGAGGAACAAAACCUGAGACUUGUUUUACGGAAAGCCAAUGCAGAUCCUCCAGUGUAUCAGUUAAUGACAGGAAGCCAGAUUCAUGAAGAACAGCUUCAAAUAAGAGAGAAAGAAAAGGCUCAAUCGAAAACUGGACCUCCCCAGUUAAAGGAAUUAAUCUUUUCUUCAAAUAUUGCACAACAUGAUUUGAACACCAAAAUCAAACAAAUUAAACAAUGGAUUGAAAAAAAAUAUCAAGUCCAAAUUACAGUAAAGAAAGACAAAACAGCAGACCCAGAAGAUAAUAUGGAGGAGCUUUUUAAUAAAAUUCUCAAGACUAUGCCUGAACUAGCUACUUUCACAUCUAAGCCCAAAACUACAAGAGGUGGGAAAGCUGCAACCUGUGUUUUUCGCCACUUGAGCAAAAAGGAAAUGGCUGAAUAUAAGAAUAUUAAAGAAGAGACUGAAAAAAACAGAGAUUCUUUAAAUAAGGAAAAGAGUGCUAUUACAGAAUCAAAUAUUCUGCAGCAGUGAUAUUUUAAUAAAGAAAAACUUUCAAAGGCAACAGGGGAAAUGAUUAAAAAAAUAAAAAUUAUUUACAUAAAUCCAUAUAUCUGAUGUUUAGCCAAGGGUUAAUGUGGCUACAGUUGAGAGCAUGUUUUCUUCAAAACAGUCUGAUGAUUUGCCACUCUUAGGCAACGUUUCUCUAAUUUUGGGAGGAAUGUAUCCACUAAGACGAGAGGCCAGGCUCCGUUUUCCAGAGAGUCGUUUUACCUUUGGGGAUUUAAAAUAAAGGCAAUCAUACAUCCA